GUCAUCUUGUCCACCAACUCAAAAUGUCAACCACUCAGAAGGAAACCAUGAAAGCUACAGUCUGGGAAGGCAAGCCUUUCCAUGUAUCCGUCCAAGAAAAGCCCGUUCCCAAAAUUCAGCACCCGAAUGAUGUUAUCAUCCAAAUCACAACCAGCGCCAUCUGCGGAUCAGACCUCCAUACCUACCGCGGUCGGCUCGGCAGUAAGAACCCGCCAUGGCUUAUGGGUCAUGAAGCGGUUGGGACUAUCGUGGAGGCAGGGGACGGAUUAAAGUCCCUGAAGAUCGGAGAUCGCGUCCUGAUUGAGAUUAUCAGCUGCGGCUACUGCGAUAACUGUCUCCGCGGCCGAAUGACUUAUUGCCUGACAUACAGCCCCCGGACCGUCAUUGAUAUAGAAGGUUACGGUCCUGACUUUGGAGCUCAUCUCGAGGGCGCACAGGCGGAAUACAUCCGCAUUCCGUUUGCGGAUUCCUCGUGUUUCAAGCUUCCCCAAAGCACAGAACAUGACCUUGACUUUAUCCUUCUCGCGGACAUUUUCCCAACUGGCUGGUACGCUCUGGACUGUGCCAACUUUCAGCCUGGCGACACGGUGGCGGUCUUUGGCGCUGGCCCGGUGGGCCUGCUCUGUGCCUACUCGGCCCUCCUCCGCGGUGCAAGCAAGGUAUACUCGGUCGAUUACGUUCCUGCUCGACUGGAGAAAGCAGCCUCAAUCGGAGCGAUUCCCAUCGACUUCACGAAAGAAGAUCCCGUCACACAGAUUAUGGCACGUGAACCGCGCGGCGUCCGAUGCAGCUGUGACUGUGUGGGACUCGACUGUCUCAAUGACAAGCUUGAACCGCAAGAAAAUAUCGUUUUGAAUAAUUGCAUCCGGGUAACUGAACCAACCGGUGGUAUCGGAUUGAUUGGAAUCUAUGUGCAACUUAGUCCGUCGCCAGGAGUGCCACUAGCUUCUCCCCAGCAAGGUGUGUUAUCAUCCUUGAUCGGGCAGCUCUGGGCAAAGGGGCUUUCCGUUAAGAGUGGUACGGUGGAGAUCCACCGGCUGCAGCCCUCGUUGCGGGACAUGAUUGAGAGUGGCAAGGCGAAGCCAAGCUUCGUCAUUGAUGAGAUCCUGCACAGUGUGGAUGAGGUGCCGCGCGCAUAUGAGAGGUUUGAAAAGAGAGAGAUCAUCAAGCCUGUGAUCCAGCUGCCCCACCCAAAGAAGACUUCUGAUUGAUUCGUUGAGAUGUACCAAGGAACGUACUGCUGGGAAUGUAUCGGUAGCUCGCAGUAUG